CUCUCUUAUCUCUCUUCUCAUCUGUCAUUUCUUCAUCCUGUCUACUCUAAAGUUUUCUCUUCUUCGUUUUCAUUGUCUUCAUUGCUCCCGCGGCUCGUCGCCACCCUGUAAUAGACAUCAGAAAACAAGCAAUUAAUCUCGCCGCCCUCCGAUUUGCCCGGCUGGAUUGACAUCGCAACAUCGGACAAAAGCAGCUCAACUCCUAGUAACACAUCAACUACUCCCAGAUCGAGCUUCCACCAAUACGUCCACUUUCCUCCCAUUGCUCUCAGAUCAUCUCUAGCCCGCCAUGUCUUCAUACUUCUUCUCGGGACACCACCCACAUCAGCCCCAGCAGCACCAGCAUCAACACCCGCCACCCCCAACCCACAUUGCGCAACACACCUCCCAUACUCAUCAUGGUGGUCGCUCUCGUCGUGCGCAGAAGAUGGGUGGCCAGAACUCCCAUAGGCAGUUCCGUGGUGUGAAAAGUAUGAGGGAAUUGGCCGAGGCUCCUGCCAUCACAGCUUUCCGUGCCAGAUUCGAGGCUGGUCGUUCCUUUGACCUCGACGAUGAUCUGGAGUUUUGCCCCGGUCUCUUGACUGAGGACGAUUUGCAAUCCAUUGCGUCUUCUGUUUCAGACCGUUCGUCCCUCGCCAGCGCCUCGCCCGAUUCUUCACCUCUUCAGCACCAGAUUCAGCCGACGCAGCAGGUCGCCCCAGCUAUUUCGCUUUCUCCCGCUUCAAUUAAUUCCUACAACUCGAAUAGUUUUAAUCAGAUGAAGAUCCAUCAACCAUCGGCGGUCCGAACAAAAAAUGCCAUUCCAAUCGUCAAUCCAAGCACUGGCAUGCGCGUCUCGAGCCCCCCGUCCACCAUCUCACCCGGCAUGAUGCAGUCUGACCAGCGUCGAUGGUAAACAUGACUCGGGGGAAAUGGAAACAAGCUCAACACCCCCCGGUCUCGUAUAUACGUCGUCGUUCUUCCUCCAUGCCGCUCGGUAUCUUUCUGCAUCUCCUGGGUCGACCAUCCUUUUCUACUUGUUAACCAGUUCCUUCGGUUUAUAUCAUCUUUUUUAUUUUCAGUUCGAGUACGAUUCCGUGGAUCACCGUCCCUCCCGACCACUUAAUACUUUCGACUUGUAUAUAAAACCAUUUUUCGAACCCUUCCGCCCUUUUAAACCCCCCCCUCUUUUCGACCUUAUUUUGCGGUGAUCCAAUGUUUUAUACGAAGAGACGUUUCGUUUACUGAGAGCAAAUGGGGUGCAUCACGAGCCGAUUAUUUACUGUCAUUUCUGGUGAUAUUCGUUUUUCUCUGGAGAAAAAACAAAAAGAGUGUCCUUGAUUCCCUUUUGGUCUUAACCCGAUGAUGAACUAUAGAAUGAGCGGCGACUGUGUUUUGGAAAAAAGGCUGUACAACGGACCGUGGAGUUUUGUUUCUGUUUUGUCCCCGAGCGAGCGAAAUCUCUUUCUUGUUGCCAUACGUUACAUUUGCACGGUUGGGCUUCUUGGUGGGGUGAUUACGUGUGGGCGAAAUCUAGCGUG